CCAUCCCACUACUUUGGCCCAAAACGAUCCUACACCAGGCCAUCCCACUACUUUGGCCCAAAACGAUCCUACACCAGGCCAUCCCAAUACUUUGGCCCUAAACGAUCCUACACCAGGCCAUCCCAAUACUUUGGCCCUAAACGAUCCCCCACCAGGCCAUCCCAAUACUUUGGCCCUAAACGAUCCUACACCAGGCCAUCCCACUACUUUGGUCCUAAACGAUCCCCCACCAGGCCAUCCCAAUACUUUGGUCCUAAACGAUCCCCCACCAGGCCAUCCCACUACUUUGGUCCUAAACGAUCCCCCACCAGGCCAUCCCACUACUUUGGCCCAAAACGAUUCCCUACACCAGGCCAUCCCACUACUUUGGGCCCAAAACCGAUCCUACACCCAGGCCAUCCCAAUACUUUGGCCCUAAACGAUCCUACACCAGGCCAUCCCAAUAAUUUGGUCCUAAACGAUACCCCACCAGGCCAUCCCAAUACUUUGGCCCUAAACGAUCCUACACCAGGCCAUCCCAAUACUUUGGCCCUAAACGAUCCUACACCAGGCCAUCGACCUGGGAGGAUGGAACCCCUUCCCCCAAAACCAAAAAGGAAGAGCGCAUCUUUC